CUUCAAAACGUAGGGGGGGUGUUUCUUUCCUCCCACCUUUGUAGACCUAAGCACUAUACUGUGCAGGGCGUCUUGAGUGAAACUUUAAAAGUUGCGCUAGUCAGUGGCCCCAAGAGUCCGGGGUCGAGAGGUAAGCAAUCCGACUCCGGAGUUGCGAUCCAGCUCGCAUCUUACUUUUCACUAGGAGGGCUCCGUCCAGCUCGAAAGCAAAGCGCAGCCUAGCCUCCCUCUCGGAGGGUCUGUCCGGGGAAGAUAUAACCUUCCAGGAAGAGCACGUUUUAUUCCCCCAUUGCUGGGUGCGGGGGGUCUCCAUAUUCCACCUAGGUGCUUAUUUUCCUUCCUUCAAGGAUGAGCCAUGAAAGUUUCCUUGCUGUUUUGCAGCUGUGGAUUGCAAAGUCAUGCGCCUUUUCCUGUUAGUAUCUUAUUGACAACGCAACGAGCCUGCUCUGUGCUCUACAAGGACUACGCAGGUGAAUAUGCUGGCUUCUGCUGAACUGAAGACCAUUUACAAGACUCCAUGAUCUUUAAGUCCACUCCUAGUUGCACAUCUGCUGCUUGACAGAGAUGGCUCGUGAUGCCAGAUCUUCACGAUCAGUUAAAAAGGAAGAGAGAAGCAAAAAGAAAUCAAGCCCAGUCAAAAAGAAAUCUUGCCAAGUAACAAAAGAUGCCAAGAAAACUUCUCCAAAAGCAGAAAGUUCAGCAAACUGCAAAAAGCACCUGGAAGGAAAGAAUGACAGCAAGAAAAAAACACAGGAAGAGAAACCACCACUGAAUGCAACAUGCAGAUUUCUCAGGAGCAGCGUCACCAAAGCCUUGUCUGGAACAUCUUGGAUGGAUCUGGGGUUAACUGAUAAUGUUCUGUUUCAUAACCAGCCUCCUUUGAGCUACAAUGGCUUUACCAUGACUCUUCGCAGGAAACAGUUUCCCCAUAGACUGUUCCAGACGCCAACAAUCAUGCGAGCAACUAAAGCUAGCCCAGGGAAAAGUGGGGGGAGAAGAGAGAAGCCUGAAUCAAGAACCUCUUGUGUAUUAGAAAGGAAAGAAGCAGAAGAGGCUGGAAGGGAUUUAAACCAGGAGGAGGAGGAGGAGGAGGAGGAGGAGGAGGAGGAGGAGGAGGAGGAUCUGUGUGAUCCAGAAGGGGGCUACUGCUCUGAUUGUGAAAGUCAAGCCAAAAAGGGAGAGACACCUUCUGAAGAAGGCAUUUCUGCUUCUAAUGGUGAUGUACCAGGUACCCAAAAUCCAGAGAUAUUAAAGGAGGCAUGCAAGUGCACAGAACCUGCGCCCACAGAGCAGGUUCUGAAAUAUUUGCCUCCGACUACCUGUGAAGAAAAUUUCACUCAACUUGCCCCUGCACAUUUUCAUCUUGAUUCUGCUAUUCCUAGAAAGGUACAUGAAGAGAAUGACUCGGGAGCAUUUGUGAAAUCACAUUUUGAGAGUUGUUUGGAUACGUCUCCUGCCCCCAAACAGUAUACCUGUUCACAUUCCGAUUCCGCAUUAAGUCUUUCCUCGGAAGCAAACUCAAAGGAACUUGUAGAAAGGUCAGAGUUUUCCACAGACACUCACUCCAAAACUACCUGUGAUUUGGUGCUAACUGAUGGUGAUCCUGAUGCUGCCAUUUUGAUUACCUCCGAAUUGAUCUCAAAAUUGCAUUUAGAUGACCCAUGUGUGUUACAAGGGUCUCAGCUCAAUCAGGAUCCUGAGCCUACUAUUCAAGAAGUAGAACCUGCAUCGUGCUGCAUCUCUGAAUCAGAAGGCUGUUUAAAAGAUCCAGGCCUUCGUGUGGAAUCUCAUUUACCAAAGGACUUGGAACUGGAGCUAAGCAGAAAAGCACUUGAUUCUUAUUUCAACUCCAGGCAACUUUAUUUAGAAUGUGACCAAACAAAUGACAUGUUGGCAUGUGAACAGGUUUCUAAUACCUCUUUGACUAGUUUUAUAUUGGGAGAUCUUGAGCAGACACUUAAAAAGAUUGCCGUAGAAACUUUCACUUUAGAUUCAGGUGCUGUGCCUGUUGCACCCCUCGACCUAGAAAGUACAGCAGAUUCCGUUCUGGUAAGCAGCGACAUCUUUAAGGAAAGUUUUCCAAACUUGUCUGAAGAUGCUAAAUCAGGGCCUCCAUCAGCUGCUGCAGAGGACGCAGAUACCAAGACAGUUGUGCUAGAUGAAUCCAUUCCAAAACCUCAGGAUCCAUUGAUGCAGUUGGAAAGUGGUGGGACUGUUGUGAACCCCAUUCAGGACAUUGGGAAAUGUGGUGCUAAUCUAGUUGCAGUUUCAGAGACUGCCUCCUGUGGGAACCCAACUGGCGGUCUUCCUGUCUCGCUUGCAUCUUUGCAACCUGUGCUAGAGAAGAAGAAGCGAAGGCGUUGUGGGGUGUGCGAGCCAUGUUUGCGGAAAACUAACUGUGAAGAAUGCAGCUGUUGCAGGAAACGCAAAACUAGUCACAGGAUAUGUAAAAAGAGAAAAUGUGAAGAACUGAAGAAGCCUCCACUGCCGCCCUUAAUGCUGCCCUUUGUGCCGUCAGAGGUGCUAACUGAAAACAAAAGGCCUCAGAGGAGAAAGCAAAGAGUUCAAAAGGGAGACUUAGAAAACAAACCAGUCAAUGGCUGCAGACCAGAGCUCAUGGACUGUGUUGCCCACGGCCAUGGCGAAAAACCCAAGGUGAAACCAAGCCAUUUGCUGCCUUGGGAAAAUGUACAGGCAGAUGAAAAGGGAAGUAUGACUGGCUUAGAAACGGAGAAGUGGGCACAGAAUGAGAAGCCAUCGCUUAGCGUCCAUGUGAACGGUGACCUCUGUAGAACUAGAGCAAGGAAUGAGAACUCAAAACAUUUUGAAAAGGAUCCAAAAGCUGUUCAUUCUUCCAGCGUGUUAGAUGACCCCAAGAAGUUGCUUGCACAAACUGUUAGAAAUGGCAUUAAAAGCAUUCCUUAUUCACCAGCAGAAUGUGACUUGUCACUGAAAAAAACAGGUGCCGGUGCAAGUGCUGAUCCGGCAAACAGCUGCCCAGAAAGCAACUUGGAUGCCUCUUUGGGUUGUGCUGCUCAGCUGAACAAUAUCAGCACUUCGACAACUGGAACGUGUGGUGCUAUUCUAGAAAAGAAGGAUCACGUUCUAGUGCAGCAGACAGAAAACUCUAAUGCCAUUCAGGAAUCUGAGAACUCACUUUUACAAACUAUUUCACUUUUAGAUCUUCAGGACAAGCCAUCUUGCACUCCCAUGCAUGACAAAGAUGGCUGCCUUGAUGAUGGUGCUUCAAAUGGUGCUCCAAGCAAAGAUUUGCAACCUGAAGAUUUGUCACUUCAGUCAACUUUUUUAUCUCUGAUUAAAAACCGAAAUUUAACUGUAGAACAGGUUGUAGCUAUUGAGGCAUUGACACGCUUGUCGGAAGCCCCUCCAGGAGCUCCCUUACCAGCUAAACCAGAAAGAGUUCAGGGCAUAGAUGAGCAAAGUUCACAUUUACUUAACAAUUACAAAAAGGAUAAUUCAUGUUUCUUAACAUCAUCUGCAUUGAAAGUAUUCAAAGGAACUUGUCCACAGAAAGACCAGCAGCUCUUUCCUUUUGCUCCUUCGCAGAGAAGAACCCUUCCUAAAAGUCCCUUGACGUCAUCUGCAUUGAUAGCAAUCAAAGGGGCUUGUCCACAGAAAGACCAGCAGCUCUUUUCUCAUGGUGCACCACAGAGAAGAAUCUUUCCUAAGAGUUUGCUUUACAAUGGUCAAGGUGCUAUUUCUGAAUUCCCCAGUAAAACCACUGGUCCAUCUAGCUUAUUGCGUAGGCUACAUUUCUCCCCACGAGAUACCAAGUCUUUAUCUGCGUUAGUGUCUGGUGGAACUUCAGGUCAUACCACCAAGAAACACCCUCUUUAUCAUAAAGCUGCCAUUGGGCCAUGCUCCAAAAUCUCAAGUGUUGGCAAACAACGGAGGAGCAGAGUAGACAUGCUUGGAAAGUGGGAGGGGAAGGCUGUCCAUGGCUCAAAUUCAAAAAGUAAUUCUGUAUUUAGGGGAAAUAUUCAUAGCCAGGAUGAGGAAGAGGUAGCCGCCCAAUUAACUCAACUUGCAGCAAUAAUUGAAUCAAGCAAAGCAAGCCCAGACCAGAAGACGUCGCUUCUCAGUCGAAUACCACCCGAUAUGCAACCAAAACAUAAACAGGACCAGUGCCUAUUGCAGAAGAAACAAUCUGUGUUUGUAAGGAACAAUUAUAGUCCUGUGCUAGUCAAGCAAAAGCAACCAACACGGAAAAAUGAAAAACCAGUACCAAGGGCAAAAAGAUUAAAAAAGAAGCCUCAAGUAAUGCCUGACCAACAAAAUCAGCUACAGCAAGAUUGCCAUCUUAGUGAAUUACAGGACAUACCGAAAAAGCCUUCUAAACUACGCAAGGUUGGUCGGAAUGCAUCACAGGAUUCGAAACUAAGUGCUUUGGGGAAAAGAUCUUCUAAAGCCAAAGUACAGAAGUCAUGGAAUCGGAAUACUUUGUCAUCACAACAAAAAGCAGCUGCAUUAUUUCUUCCCAAAACUCAAAUAAUAUACCACAGGCCUUUGCCUGCUUCAACACAAGACAAAGUGAAAGACAAGUUGUUUGGCUGUGAAAUGGUGCCUGAGCACAUAAAAACUAUUGGCUCCAAUGAGGCACAGGGCACCAAUCCUCCAGGUGCUGCUCCAGUUGCUCUGCACCAUAGUGGCCUACUCUCCAAUAGUCUUCUGACUGUCCCUCACUUCGAAGCAAAAUCCUGUUUGAACCAAGGAAGUGAAAAUGUACAGAUGUUUACAGAAAAAGACAAGAAUUCUCAGGUACAGCAAACAAUGAAUAUCGCUCAGAUGCAUCCUUUGCCUCAUAUCUUUGGUCAAAGAGCAGAUGAAAUGUGCAAGGAAAACCAAGGAAAACUUGAGUGCGGUGCUGUGGAACAACAAAUGGGCCAGAAAUUGCAAACCAUGUCCAUUAACUGUAGCUUAGCCUCCGCAGGGGAAAACGUGCAGGCUCUCAGGAAAGCAGAGUGUGCAAGUGAAGUUACAUCAAGAAGCUUGGAGACUGAGAACACACAGAGAACAGGGAACUUAGGGUGUUCUCCAACAAAGAAUACACUCAGUAGUUUUCUUGAAUCGCCUAUGAAGUUCUUGGACACCCCUACAAAGAACCUAAUCGAUACACCUACAAAGAAAGGACAGACUGAUUUUCCAAUCUGUGAUUGUGUUGAGCAAAUUAUAGAGAAGGAUGAAGGGCCAUAUUAUACACACCUUGGAACGGGACCAAGUGUUGCUGCAGUCAGGGAAAUAAUGGAAGACAGAUAUGGAGCAAAAGGAAGUGCUGUAAGAAUUGAGGUAGUUGUGUAUACAGGCAGAGAAGGAAAAAGCUCCCAAGGGUGUCCAAUUGCCAAGUGGGUGAUACGAAGAAGUAGUGAUGAAGAAAAACUGCUCUGCUUGGUUCGACAGCGUGCAGGACAUCACUGCCAAAAUGCCGUCAUUGUGAUACUUAUUUUGGCUUGGGAGGGGAUUCCUCAUCUUCUGGCUGACACUCUAUACAAGGAACUGACCCAGAGCCUCAGAAAAUAUGGCUGUCCAACUAGCCGAAGAUGUGCACUAAAUGAAGAUCGUACCUGCGCCUGUCAAGGCCUUGAUCCAGAGACAUGUGGAGCAUCAUUCUCAUUUGGCUGUUCAUGGAGUAUGUAUUAUAAUGGCUGUAAGUUUGCCAGAAGCAAAGCCCCCAGGAAAUUUAGACUUCUCACUGAUGAUCACAAACAAGAAGAACAUCUCGAAAACAAUUUGCAAACUUUAGCCACUGAUGUUGCUCCACUGUAUCAGAAACUAGCCCCUGAUGCUUUUCAAAACCAGGUGGAAAAUGAGCACAUGGGUCCUGACUGUCGACUUGGGAUUAAGGAUGGCCGACCUUUUUCUGGUGUCACAGCUUGCAUCGAUUUCUGUGCUCAUGCCCAUAAGGAUACACACAACAUGCACAAUGGAAGCACUGUGGUUUGUACAUUAACAAAAGAAGAUAACCGCAUGGUUGGGGUGAUACCCAAUGAUGAGCAGCUGCAUGUGCUGCCCCUUUACAAAAUCUCACAAACAGAUGAAUUUGGCACAGAGGAGGGUCUGGAAGCCAAGAUAAAAGCUGGGGCAAUCCAGGUGCUUACUGCUUUCCCACGAGAAGUAAGAAUGCUCGCAGAGCCACGUAGAGCGACGAAAAAGAAGAAAGCAGACUCAAAGAAGCAAACCUUAGCAGAGAAGAAGCUGUCUACUCCUGCAAAGGGAAAAAACAGAGUGCAGGAAAAUACCAAUAAAGCUUCAAAAAGUUUAGGGAGCAAAGCUAAUUCAUUGCAAUCUGGGACAAAAAUGGAGAGUGGUAAUCACCUUUCUACAAUAAAACACAAUUCAGACACUACUAAAAAUUGCUCUGUACUAAAGCAAUAUGCGCCUUCCUCCCCUUUAAAGCUGGAUAGUUUACAUUCUUGCUCUCCGUUAACUCACAAAGCUGGUGGUAUAAUGCCAGUGAGUAAUCAACAAGAUUUUUCAACUCCCUACGGGUAUUUGCAAUGCAGUAGUAACAAACCUCAUGUGACACCCAAAGGUAAGAUCUUUGAUGUGUCCAUCAGCGAUCAUACUGGAAUUUUGCUGGAUGAGAAGAGGAAUGGGGUGCCCCCAUUUCUUCAAGACCUUACUGUUUCAGAAUCCACAGCCUACAGAGAGACUUUACCCCACACACUUGAACAAGGAGUAGUCAGCAAGCAAAAUUGUGAAAUAAAGUUAGAAAACUCCCCUGCCUCGCAGUUGGCUAGCUCUUGUGAUUCCUCAGUGCCGUUAAAUUCUCCAGAAGAUAUAGUCAGAAAUGAAAUUGGUUCUUCCCAGGAGUGUCCAAUGCAAAAAGGUGGUUUCAAGAACCCAAAUUGUGAUUCUGCCACUGCGGAUAAACACCCAAGUUGCGAGCUCUUAAAGCGCACAGAGUCCGAAGAAAGAGCAGAGGAAAUGUGGUCUGACAGUGAGCAUAAUUUUUUGGAUAAUGACAUAGGUGGGGUAGCUGUAGCACCAUCACACGGCUCCAUCUUAAUUGAAUGUGCACGCCGUGAGCUACACGCCACAACUCCGAUUAAAAAGCCAAACCGGAAUCAUCCCACACGGAUAUCGUUAGUCUUCUACCAACACAAAAACUUAAAUGAGCCAAAACACGGGAUAGCGCUGUGGGAGGCAAAGAUGGCCGAGAGAGCAAAGGAAAAAGCAGCGGAAAAAUCAAGCACUGAAAAUACCAAUGUACAACCCAAUGACAGGAAUGUGCACCAGGCCAGUGCCACCGGAGAGAUUUUCUAUGAAGACAAUGAAUUCAACCAAAUUCCAUCGCGCCGAGCAUUAACAGUAACUCAUGAUAACAUCAUAACAGUGUCUACUUACGCCCUCACACGAGUUGCCGGGCCAUACAACCAUUGGUCAUAGGUUUUUAUAGCAACUGUACAACCUUGCCUUGGGAGCAGUGUUACACAAUAAUCCCUAAAGGUGCUGUUAAAGAACAAAGUCUUGUAUGGUUUACUCUUUGUUCAUCUCAACCAUUUUGAAGGCUGAGGUAAAAAAAAUAAUGAUUUUUUUCCUUAAACUGUGACUUUAUAUAUUUUAACAUCUGGUGAUUUUCAAGCACAUUUUAAGCAAAAAAAAAUGUAUAGUUAAAUGAUUUUGGCUAGGUUAUUAAUCGUGAUUGAAUUAUUCAGUUUAUUACCUUUUGGAAUUUAUACUUUGGUGCUUUGAAUUGUCUGUUUACUACAAAUGGGCUUUUUAUAAAGAUUUUAACAUACUUCAACUUUUAUGAUGUAAAAUCAAUUUAGACAGUAUUAGCUAUACACAGCUCUUGGUGCUCAAUCACAAGAAACAGUUGAAGAUAAGCUGAUUUUUUUCCUUCAUGGUGCCAUUGCUCCGACAGCUUCCAGUCGUUGCUGUGAAGCCCAAGUUAAGGAUAACAAACCAAUGAUGAUUUAUCUUUGUACAGAUCUUUCAUGUCUGUAUAGGUUUGUGUGUGCAUGUGUAUGGUCCACACACAUCCACACACAAACAGUAUCACUAGUGAUGGUUGGAGGUUGUAAGCUGUAAAUAUAUAUAUUUAAAAGCACUUUCUAUUUUUAAAGUUAACUUGAAAUAGUAUAAGGAUCACAUUUGUCUAAGGUUUCUACAUUCUCUACCAAGAAAUCGUUAUUUUUCUUACUGUGUAGAGUUCCAUACUGCUACAACAACAGUACACAUAUACGCAUAUACUAAGAAUAUUUGGUUUUUAGACUCUCCCCCACCCCAACAGAGAGUUCAGAUUUGCAAAUAUGAGCUUAAGGAGCAUUUUGUCCAUACCUGUAUUGCUAUGGUGUUUUGUUGUCAGAAUUGAUUUGCUGUAGUUUGUUUCAGCAAUAAGUGCAUGUGUGUCUUUCAUGCAGAGCAUUGCAAGCUACACAUGACAACCAAAUGUUCUUAGAGUUUUGGGGGUAGAACUGUUAAUUGCAUCAACAACUUCCCUCCUAAAGUUGCCUUAUUAACAUUCUGGAAAGUAGGACUCUAAAAUAUUUACAAGAGGAAUUUGCAGUUUUGGCUGUUUUAUAGUAUAUUUGAGUUCAUUAAAGCUUCCAGAAUGUUCACCAGCUGUUAGCUGUCAACACAUGAAGGGUUUUAUAAACAUGCAGUCCAACCCAGUGUGUGAUUACUGAGAACUUAAGUCUACUUUGUCAUUGGGUUUUUCUCCCAGGUAGGAAAAUGUAGGAUCACAGGCUCAUUCUAAUUUCCACACAGACGUUGCACAAAAGAAGGACCCAUAGCAUGCAAAAAUCCCGUUCAAUCCCUGGCAUCUCCAGCCAAAAACAAGGCCUCAGGUAGGCAGAAGUCUGUAUUGUGCUAUGUCUCCAUUUUGAUGCCCAGCUGCAUUAUAACUUUUGUUGAGACGCAAUUGCAGCGACACAAAACAGAAAUAUGAUCUUGCCUCAACCAAAAACAAAACUAGAGAAAAGUGCACAGAAAUAAUUUUAAAUCUGAGUUAACUUGAUGUGCAAACUAAAGCAAAAUAUUAUUGAUAGUCAACAGACAGUAGAUAACACUGAUAAAUCUGACAACGUGGUGUGGGGAAAAGAGAGGGUAUCCAAGACCUAUAUGUGUGACAGUCUCAAAAAGUUUUCCUUCUGUGAGAAAUUAUACAAAAUAUAAAAGCCAAGUCACACCAGCAGAAUGUAAAAAACCCCAAACUAGUUCUGGUUCUCACAACUCAAAACAGCAGCUGUAAGGGGGCAACUACUUUAUGAGGGGAGGUUACAACACUUCCAAGUUUUUGAGUUAAGGAAAAAGGUCAUAAAGAGGACAAUAUGAUAGAGGUGCAAAUAAAUUCACACCCCUGUCAUGCCCCCCCUCCCAUAGUUAAAUUAUGGGAUAUGAUGUCAUAAGAUGUAAUAAUGACCACCAGCUUGGAUGGCUUUAAAAGGAGAUUGGAGAAGUUCACGGUGCAUAAGGCUCUCAGUGGCUGCUAGGCUUGAUGGCGGUGUACUCCCUUUGCUGCCAGAGGAAGGAUGUCUCUGAAUUCUGUUACUGGGGAGCACAAGUGGGGAGAGUGUUUUUGAACUCUAACCCUGCUUGGGGGCAUCUGGCUGAUCAAUGUGAGAACAGGAUGCUGGACUAGACAGUGGCGGAGCGUCAUGCUCCGACACCAGGGGGCAGAGAGUAGGCGGGGGCAGGGCUGGCAAGCGUCCUGGGGGCGUGGCGCCCAGCGCGGGAAGGAGGGCAGCCGUGAUGGCGCCCCACUGGGAUCACGCUGACGAGGGCGGUGCAUUCCCCCCGUACUUCUCUUCCUCCGCCACUGGGACUAGAUAGACCUUUGGUCUAACCCAGCAGGGCUUUUCUUAAAUUAUUGCAUUGUUUGUGUUACCAGUUGUUCAGGAGGAGCCAUCACGAUACAUGCAUGGAUGCCAGCUCAUUCUAUCCAUGUAUUGAAAAUAUUAGUAAAAAAGAGAAUAAUCACAUAUAGAACCUGUUCUGUAUACACCACAUUUAAAUUGGUUCUCAUGCGCUAUAGGGCAGGGGUGGCUAACCAUCACCACCACCCCAGUUCAAGAGCCUGAUUCAGUCAACCAUACAAGCUUUUGUUGACUCUUAAGUCCCCACCUAUUUUGGCAGCAGGAAAAGAAAAGACAAGAGUUGAAAUGCCCAUGAGGUGGACUGUCUGCUUCUAUGUGUGCAUGCACGCACAUGUGUAUUUAUGCAUGCAAGCAAGUAGGGGGGUGACACUCGUGGCUGGCUUGUGGAUUCAAAGGGAUGGCUGAAGUGAAUGUAGCCCUUGAUAAAAAAUAAAUAAAUUAAAUUCAGCCACCCCUGCUAAAGUGUAUAUAAUACCCAAAUAAGGUUCAGAAAAGUAAAUCCAAAUACACUGCCAGGCAAACACGUAACAAAUCCCUUCCUAAUUGAGCUGGAACUCCCUAGAUAGGACAGUUUUCAUGUGUAUGCAUGUGGUUCCUCCUUAGCAACAAUCGGUACCACAAACAUUACAAGAAUUCAAACCCUUUAGUUUCUGGUUUUAUAACAGUCUGCGGGUAUGGCUUUGUUUUUAUAUUGUUGUACAAUGUCCUAAAAAUCUUCUGAAGUUAAAAUGCACUUUGGUGUUUAACGCAUGAACACAUACUCUCACCCUAUAUUGUUACAUUAAGGCCAUGUACAUUCCCCAAACAUUACAGAUGCAGGUACAAUUUCAGCCACACACAGGAACUGUGCGUGCUUGCGUCCUACAGGGCAACUUCCCAUUUGUAAAGCUUAUGCCAGAGUUUACUAAUUUCAUCCUUGAAGCGUGGUUGCUGAACUGAUUAGUUUGCUUAAGAGCCUUGAAUAGGCAUAAACCUGCCACAAAGCUUUCACGUUAGAAAUAAUCUUGGCAAAUAUCUGAAAUCUCUUAGAUAGUAAUGGCCCACACUGCUCUUCUAGUAGCUCUGACAAGAAGCAAAACUGGAAAAAACCUUCACAUUUCUAGCAACUAGUUUCAGAUUUUUAGGUGACCAGAUUUUUAGCCCUGGAAGAAGGACAUUCAGAUUCCUAGGCAGCAGCAUCUAAUUUCUGGUGACUAGAUGCCAGGGAUUUUAUUAACUCUUGGGAAUGCCCAGACAAAGGGGUUACUAACAGAUCAAAUAGAUGGGUGCCACAGGGCACUGAAUGUUCUCAGAACAACUGAUGGUGCAGUACUGAUGAAGGAAUGCACAUGGGACUGAUCACACCUACUUGAAUAGUAGACCUAUGUAAAAACAGGUUACAGCCCAUACAUAGAUUGUGUGAAUUGGGCCUUAGAAAUGAUUAACCUUUUCAUGACAUCGUAAAUUAAACAUUAGGUGUGGUAGACACUCCAGAUCUGGAACACUAUAGCAUCCAUCUCCUUUUCUCUAUCCCCCCCCCCUUUUCUUUUAGUUCAAUUGACUAAACCAAACACAAUCAAAAUAACAGCCUUGAUAAGGAUCAUGCUUAUCAAGGAUCAGCAGUUUACAUUUUAGAGAUGGGGAAUUUUUUUGGUAUUGACCUGUCAGCUCAAAUCAGUGGGCUCUGAAUUAUCAUGUUUUGUAUGAGCAAUGGUUGCAGGCCAUAAGGGUAAGCUUUUUGGUUACACUUGUGAUUCUCCAUCGUGUACAUAAAUUCCACAGGUCUAACCAGAGCUUGAAGUUUUACUGAUAGCAUACUUGAUAUUGUAGUGGUGCUGUAACAAUGUCUAGAUCCUCUAGACAUGGUGCUUUUUUAAAAUGUCUACCAUGGUUGUGUGUUCAAUCUGAAAAAGUUUUUGGUUUGGAAAAAAUUACAUAUAUGUGAAUUCUUCAGUUUACCCUUAGUUGCCUAUGAUUCUGGUCGUACAGAAAUGUAAACGUGGAAUUCAUCCCAAUUAUAUCACUGCAGCUACUUUUUAAAAUGUUAAGAUGUGUAUGCCAAUCCAGGGAUUAAAGAACAUUGGAAGAGGACUGAAAUUCCGUCUCCUGCACUCAUGGGGCUCCUCCAUUUCUCCAUCUUUCAGAUUAUCAUCACUCAAUAGUACAGAGAACUUGUUAGGCAAAGUGGAGAGCAAGAACAGGGUGUUUGGACAACAUCUGGCUCCUGCUUCUCACACACACACGGCCUAAUGUGAUUGGUGUUAUAUUAGUGAUUAAAACUGUUGUCAAGUUAUCCAGAUCUGGAGCACUAUGUAUAAAAUUGGUGCUAGAUGCAGGGGUCCCUUUCUCCUCUGCCCGGGUUAACAACUGGUGUCCUUAAAAUCAGUUGUAAUUUAGCAAACAGCAAGUCACAUUGAUUUCUGUGGGUCCCAAGUAAGCUGAACUUGUUCAGAGUUGUGGCUCUAAUCUAUGAUCCUGCAAACCCUGGAGGGGUUUUAUGAACAUCUCUGAGACUGCUGGCAUGAUUGCAUUUUAGAUUAUACCCCCAUACCUACAACUCAACAAUGUUGGUCACAUGGCAAUGCCAUUGAGACCAUUUUCCCAAUCUUUACGCCCAUUGAAUCAGCUGGAAUUAUAACAGUCUUAUAAAAUGUAUAAGAAGCAAGAUUUCAACCCAGUCGUUCUAUUUUUAAAGCAAAUGAACUUUGUAAAAAGAAAAAGAAACACCCAUAUGCUGCAUUUUUGUUAGUUCAAAGAUUAUGAUUAGUUCAAACCGAAGAUAUGUAGGGAUUGUAAAUAAUCUAAAGUCAAUAUUAUACCAUCAUUUUGUACCAGCAGUUUUCUGCUUCUUGAAUAUCUAUAAACAUUAAAUUGUUACGGUAUUUUUGUGUGCCUUAGAUUUGCAUUUUGAAAUCUCUAUAUUUUUUGUGAGCCUAAAAGUUAUUAAAAAUUACAGCUGUUUAUACAGUAAAUAGGGUUGUGAAUUCCUCCAGCUACUCAUCUGUGCAAGGCUGGGUUGUUGUUUUUUAGUAUUGCUUUCUAUACAAUCUUUCUGCAAAAAGAGGACUUUCCUGAAAGGGUUACCAGCUGCUUAUACAGUCAUACCUCGGGUUGAGUACGCUGCGGGUUGCGUACUUUCAGGUUGCGUACUUGGAAGUGUUUACUUCCGGGUUCCGCCCCGCGCACAUGUGCAGAAGCGUUCUGCUUCGCGCACAGAAGUGCUCUAACGGCACUAUGCGCACACACACUAUCACUGCUCGGGUUGAGUACUUUUUGGGGUGCGAAUGGAUUGGGUACUCAACUCAAGGUACCAAUGUAUAGGGAACUUUAAUGUCACGCUGCCACAAUUUUACCCAGUUCAGAAAUUUAAAUAAAACCCAGCUUACAAUGCUACUAUAGCAAGACUUAUCUUUGUUCUUGUAAAUUUUGCUGUGUAAAAUCUGCAGUGUUCAUAUUACUACAAAUAACAACAAUGAUGAAUUAAUUUCCCUGUGAUUCUUGGUAAGCACUGUACCACACACAUGCUUUAUGUAAAGUUAGAUGGUUUAACUAAUAAACAUCACCAAAAGCUUAAGAUCAGGAUAAAAGGUAAAGGUAAAGGACCCCUGACAGUUAAGUCCAGUCGCGAACAACUCUGGGGUUGCGGUGCUCAUCUCGCUUUGCUGGCGGAGGGAGCCGACGUUUGUCCACAGACAGUGUUUCCGAGUCAUGUGGCCAGCAUGACUAAGCCGCUUCUGGUGAAACCAGAGCAGCACAUGGAAACGCCGUUUAAUUUCCUGUCGGAGCUCACCCCAUCGUGGGAAUUCGAGCCACCUGGCAAGCCCUAGGCUCAGUGGUUUUAGACAACAGCGCCACCCACAUCCCUAAGAUCAGGAUAGACACAUCCAAUUAGGAUAUCUCUUAACAUCUCUAUGGUGAACUGCAGAGUUUUUGCAUGGCUACUAGUAGAAAAUGUAUUGUUCUAUUUGGAGAAGAAAGCAGGUCUUAAAAUGACAAUGCUAAAUAGGAAAACCAUAUGUAUUUAAAAUGUAACUUAUCAACCUGAUGCUAAAUCCAUUACUUGGAAGUCCCACUGAUUUUAAUUAGUCCUGUUAAUUUCAUUGGGCUGUUCUUCCAUAUAAUGAGUUUAAGAUGGAAGUGCAUGAUCCUUUUUAGCAGCUAAUAAAACAUGGUUAGAUUCAUCAGGUUACCAAAACAUUUAAAAUAUAUUAUUGAAAUUAAGAAAUAAAAGUGUUUAAUUUGAUUUCAGUGGUAUAUUUUAAUUAUUUAUGAAUAAAUUUAUGAAAUACUCUUGCUUAUUACUGUUACACAUAGAAUACAAUGUAGCCAAUUACAUUUUUAUAAUAUCUGAUUUAACUGCAGUUUUAAUAGCAGAUGGUAUCAACCAUGCAUGCGAUGUGCGAAUUGAUAACUACUUACUGUAUAUACAGCUGUGUGCUAUUUAUUGUAGCAUUUCAGAAUAUUUAUCAUUUUUACAUAGAAAUUGAUGUAAUGUUGUGAAUGAGCUUAUAGCUACAAAGGUUUGUAAUACUAUUGUCUUGUAAUAGUGAUUCUUUGGGGCUGUAACAAGCAGCAAAAUCUUCAGACUGCUGUAGCAACACAAAUCCCCUUUUAAAGCAGUUUAGUCUAAGAUUCUCUCUCUUGCUUUCAUUGGUGACCUUCUAUGCUAGCUAGUUCAGGAGCCUGGAGACAAGGAAAUGAAAGGAAUGGUAAAAGAUGCAGUUUUUCCUUGAUUUGCUAUAACUCAUUUUGAUCAAAUUAUCAGUGGCUUUGGCUCUGCAAAGUGCUUGAUUUAUAUACCGUAGAUCACAUUUUGGUUCUGUAAAUUGUGGUAUUUUGUUCUAUCAAAUUCCUAGCUCAUCCAACUGAUUUCUCAGAAAAAAAAUGUUAUUGGCAGUAAAGUGAGGUGUGUAGUACAUGGUGUGUAGUUGGCUGAUUUGUUAAUAUGGGGGAGGGUCUCAGGUGCAUAAAUGUGUGUUCUCCUUUACUAGUUCAGACUAGGAAGCUUAGCCUAUCUUUACCAUGCUCUACAAAAAGUCUGCUUAUAUUAUCAAGUCUCUCCAUUGAAUUUUUUUGCUUUUACUGCUAUCUUGCUUAAGGUUUCACAAACUGUUCUUGCUACCUUGGUGCACCCUCAAACUUCCUACUUGAAAGCAUCCCUGCAUCAGCAACAAUCUGAAUUAAAAACAGGAUGCUAUCUAGGACAGGAUUUCUUGAAACAUGAAAUUUGGGACUUGCAGUUGGGUCACCUAAAUGUGUAAAAAAGUGACCCACUUUCCCACAUAAUCAUUCUUCUUUGAUUUGCUACAGACAGUUACUGUACUAUGAAAAGUCUUCUGUGUUCCUGGAAUGUUGAAGGUCAGUACUUACAGAUCUUCUUAGCCUCCUCCCCCGCGGAAGCAGCUAACAAGGAUCUUAACAGAAGCACUAUAUGGUGACUGAUGAUCCUUCAAAAUCAGGCAACUGUUGUGGCAACUAGCUGCUGUUACUUUGUGGUUCUGGUUUUUCUACAAAUUAUACUGAGCUUGCGCUUGCAAAAAUUAGUGUUUAAAUCCCUUGAAAGUUAAUGGGGUUAAGUUGCUCAUGGAAUUGAUUUCAGUGGGAUUUAAGUGCAAUAAUCAUUCCCUCGAUUGGAGCCCAUAUAUGUUAACUUUUCUGUAUCUGAGUGGCUCCUUGAAUACCCCCGUUUUUCCUGUGUUACCCUCUGUAUAGAUCAGUACAUAAAUUUGUGUCUUAGCAUAAUAUUGUAAUGGCAGUGACCUCUAUAUUUUUAAUGAUUACAGGAAGCUAAUUAUGAUGGGUAACUGACUGGCUAAGUUGAUAUUGUUAACGUGGUCCUCCUACUUUUAAGGCAUAGAGACUUCUGUUACAAUCUUAUUUGAGUCCACAUCAAAAAUAUAAGACCAGAGAGUGCCACUAGCCUGGUUCGUACAUCACACUAAGCCAACCCAUAGCUUAAUGCAAACUUAUGGGUCCUAGGAUAGGAGACUGCGUUUGCUGCAGCGUGCUAAGCUAAAUGGUAAUUUGGCUUAGCAGGCUACCCAAAACUAGGCUCAUGCUUUAGUUUUCUCCAGACAUUUGGUCGGGCUUAGUGUGAUGCACAAACUAGGCUCACUUGGAGAAGAACAAUGUUCCCCACCUGCCCCAAGUUAGUGGCUAUGCAACUAGAUCCUUUAUGAAAUAAUCAAAAGCUGCCAAUCUUGCAACAACAUACCACCAGUGUAGACAAGCUCCCUUUAUAGAAAACUUGGGUUAGCUCAGGUCCAGGCUCUAUGAGCAAGGGAGUAAGCUUAACUGGGUCAGAACUCUACCAGGAGCAGAGCACACACUGGGAUCCCUUCCCUUGAGUCCAGCUCUGCUUUCCCUAGAGGGGUUAGCGGGAGUACUACCAUACCUCUUUGUUAGGGAACGAUAUGGAAGCUCACUGUUGUUGCACACAAAGUCCAACACAAUGCCAGGCACUAUUUAAAAUGAGGUUGAUACAACUCACUUGGCCCUACAGUUACCUGUAUGUUACCAUAAGGCUGUAUCAUCCCAGUAACUAGACAACUCCCUGACUUCAGAAUUGUACAGCUAACUGUGGUCCUGCCCGUGCCAGGAGAGUAUUGCUGACACAUGACUUUUGCCGGGAGAGUUACUGGCAAUGCGCUCCAUCGACAUGGCAGACAUCACUGCUGUACCCAAUCCCUGAGCCACAGAGUCAUAGUUAAGUGGCUCUUGAGUUGUCCCUUUCAAAGUCAGGUAAUUGAAGAACAUCUCUUAAGAGGUAUGAGAGGCUGCUUUUCUACCCAAAAGCUUACCACAAUAAAUCAGUUUUCACCCUAUAAACAGAUGUAUUCUCCUAUAAUCCACAUCUUAAUCUUACUCCCCUUUUAAGUGUAAUUAACCAAGUGUUGUAUAUUGAUAGAAUUGAAUUAAAUCUUGAAAAAUACACAUCACACACACAAAAUGGUGCUGUUGCAGCUUUACGUUGGACUCCAUGAUUACCACAUGUAACGGUACUGUUGCAGCAUGAAAAAGUGUUCUCUAAUAUAAUGAGCUUCAAUUUAAUGAACAUAAGCCUCUUCUUUAAAGCUGAAAAUAAACGUGAAUUUUCAUUUAUAAAAACCAGUUCUUUGUCUGUCUUGCAGGGUGAAAUGGGCACUUGGAGUAUAAAUGAAAAGCAUUCCUCCAAGGGAACAAAAAUAAAAUAAAUCAGUUCUGUAAUGAAUCAAGGAUUCUUUUCUUUGAAGUUUUUCUUUCUUUCACUACAGGCCAAGUAACAACAACUAUGCGUUGGUUUCAGUUUUCAAAAUUUGAGGCUGAAGCUAAGCAGAUCUGAGCCUGGUCAGUGCUUGGGUGGGUGACUCCCUAGGAACCAUAUUCAGUAUCUUGAGUUCUGUAACAGAAGAAAAAUGGGAUAUUAAAAUAAACACAUUUUUAUUAUCCAGAACAUAGAUUUGCAGCUGUAGACAUACCUUACCUAAUUCCUUCUGUAAGAAAAAACAGGGUGACUGACUGAUUUGUUCUAUGGGAUGGUAGGAGUCAUAAUACUAGCAGAAUGUGGAAAGACUGAAUCAUUUCAGCAUUUGGCAAAUGUUUAAUUUGAACAGGUAUGUUACACACUCCUUGACCUGUUGAGAUAGCAUUAAUAGCAUUUUACCCAACUUCAUUCCCCGUUGCAAAUCAAACAGCAUUUGUAGAAGGUAAUUUUCAGUUAAUUCUAAUAACAGUGGUAGUUAACACGUGUUCACAAAUAACUGUAGGAUUGACACCUUAACGUGGUGAUGCUAGAAAACAAAAUAAAUUACCCAAACCUGUAGUUGUGAUAUGUAAAAGUUCACAAAUGAAGGAUUUAUAGCCAAUUAUGUGGUUGGAACUCUAGGAAGUGGCUCUUUAGUUUGUCUAUAAGCAAACUAGCAAUUUGCUCAACAGUUUCUAUGUGCAGGCCAUUGCAGCCAUCAUUUCAGAACCGCAAAAUGUAAUCAUGAAAUUGAGCAAAAAACUACUAGUUGUCCAAAAAUAGUUUCAUUUAGCAAACGGCACUAUGAAUGAGAAUUAAAAGUUGUGGUGGCAUAGGCUGCAAAUACAGGCUGGUUUAGAUACGGUAAAUGGCUUGAGAGGCACCUGAAAUGUUAGGGUAAUCAAAGAUCAUUUAAAAAGAAACCUAGUGUUACAACGCUAUGUAGCUACACAGACACGCUUUAAUUAAGCAAUUAUGGUAGUUGGGUUUCUGCUAUAUAGUAUAUCAAUAUUUAAUAAAUGUUUGCGGUUUAGCAAGACUAUACAAUGUUCUUGCAUUUGUGAAUGCCAUUUUAGAGUUAUAGCAAAACAUGGCAGCUUUGAGAUUCUGUCUGUUGUGUCCUUCAAUGCUGAAUGUAGCUAGUGCCCAAGAUGUUGAUGCCAGAUAGGCUGGUAAUGCUUUGUAAAAUAUUACAAAUCUAAUGUUCAUUGUAGUUGCAACAAAACAUUUUGAUGUUAGACAUUUUAAGACCUUAUAGUUCCAGUUUUUGAAGUGCUGUCUUUUUGUUCUUUUAAAAUAAAUCUUCACAUUGCAAAAAUAUGUCAGAAGUACAACUGUGAUCUAGAGGACCUUCUUGCCUCAAGUUUCAAAAGUAGCUUGAUCAGGAGAGUAGGGGAGUUGGAAGAAUGCUGUUUAGAAAAGCAGAAAUGCUGCUGUGUGAAUAAAGGGGUUUACUUUAUUAUGGCUACGGUAAUCAGAAACCAUGGGUGCAGUCUAGUAAAAGCUGCAGUCUUAGGCAUAUUUAUUCAGAAAUGUACCACUGAAUUAAAUGAGAGUCAGUCCCAAAUUAAAUAAAUUUAAGAAUGCAGUUAUGCAAUCUAAUCCAUGAAAUGUUUACUCAUAACUAAAUUCUACUGAGUUCAGUGAGGAUUACACAGGAGUAAAAUGUGCACAGGACUACAGCCUUGGUGUCAAUAAAAUCAGUGGGGUUAUAGAAUAACUUGAUGCAUAUUUACUCAGAAACUAGCCCCAUUGAGUUAAAAGGUGCUUUCUUCCAGCUAAAUGUGUAGGCUUAAGCAUGUUUGUUUGGAAGUGGAUUAGAUUGUGUUCAGUGGGACUUCCUUUCUAGUUUGCUUCUGAGUAAAAAUGCAUAGAAUCAGGUUGCAAGUCCCAUUGAUUUUAUUAAGAAUUAGUUGUGACUAAUCUCACCGGAUUGUAUCAAAAAUGUAAUACAUAAAACAACCACAGCAGACAUGUUCAAAAAUUCAGUUUCAGUAGCCUAAAAACAAAAACAGGAAAAUGCAUUAUGCUCAAGCAGAUGAAACUUGAGCUGUUGUUGACUAAUAUUCCCUGUAUUGUAUUGUUUCUUGUGUGUAGUGUGUUGUUUUUUUAAACUGGGGUGCAUACAAUAUUUAUUUUUCAACAUAUAUAACUUUGAUUUUGGUGGAUUUUCCCUCUAACAUUCUACUGUAUUUAGAUGAUCUAGUGGUUGAAAAAUGAAAAGGCAAAUACAUUUUUAUCAUUUACCAUUAUUUUAAGUUACUAAUAAACAGGAGGAAAGCACUUCACUAUUUCACAAUACUUACAGGAAAAAGGAUUAAAGCUACUUCA